AUGAAUGUCGCCGAGGAUGCUUACUUUACCACCCAAUACUUGGAUCGGAGAAUCAAUUCUCCCAGAUCACAUUCGCAGUUUAAACGGAAUGGAAAUGUUGCAGUCGGAACGCUGUCUCCUCAGCGAGUUUCCUCAAACAAUUCGGAGGUCAUCGAUCCAGAUACACUCAGUGAACAGCUCACUCCUGCUCAGUUAACUUACCUUCAAAGAGCUACUCCACGAAAACAGAGAAUGCCAAUGGCUGGUUACUAUAAGACCAAAAGAAGUACCCAGUCCUACAACCAGAACAAUUCCUUCCCAAAGAAUGCAGAAUCAUUCUAUGCUAAGGAACCAUAUAUGUAUACUCAAAACUAUACUCAAGUCCAGCCCUUGCAAGGCUAUUACAUUGAUCAACAAAUUAGAUACGACCAAGCAGAGGAGUUUAAACCAAAGACUUAUACGCACAAGACAUUCAAAGAUAUUUUCCCCGAAGAUGAAGACGAGCGCUUCAACCCUGCUGAUACCGUUUUUGUGGAUUCGGAAAAUGUGGGGAUUCUGGAACAAAAACAGAAGAUUCAAAGAGCUUUCAAACAUGUCCAGCGGAAACUUGGCAAAGAUGAUUACGAUUCCUACGACUAUUACGAUGAGAAGCACAAACAAGAACCCGGGUUGGCAGAAAAUUUAGAUGUUCCGGAAGCUCACAAGAAGUCUCUGUCAAGAUGGAAAGUAUUUGGCCAUAGAAGAAAGAUGAGUCGGAAAAAAGGCUCUACUGAAGCUAAAGGCGCCGAGGAUACCCAAAUGGAUCAGAAUUGGGCUGAUUUAGAUGAACCUUUGGGUAAAGACUGUGAGGACACAAACAAGUAUUAUGGAGACGUUGUCUUGGAUGAAAAAUCGAGGUUAACUCUGGAGAAAUUAGUGUCUCCGAGUCUACCCUCGUCGUCAUCCUUUCAAGCUUACAAUCCAGUGUGGAGUUACUUUCUCUCGUGGGUUAAUUAUCAACAAGGGAAAGAAGAAGAUAACGAUUCACCCGAAGGAAAGAUAGUCGAACUUGGAGACACUAAACUGCCAGAGGUUUUGGAAGAGUCUUACUUGGGAACUAAGCAUCGGAAAGCAAAAAGAGGGAACAUUAAGGUGAUGAACUCAAAAGCUAAAAGUAUGAUAAGCAAAUGGAAUCAGCCCGUUUCUUCCAUUUUGGAUCGCCAAAGGAGAUUGCAUGGGAAUGAGGAAAGAGGUCUGGAGUUGCAAUUGGAAAUGGAAGUAAGCAGUAAUACUGUCACACCUCAAGCCUAUAGAGAGAGUCAGCUGGUAGCGAUUGGUAUGAAGAAUGGUUCACCAACUUCUUCCAGUGAGGAAACCGGCCUCAUCUCAAACAUUGAUAGUCUCAUAAAAAGCAUCCGCUUAAUGAGGAUCAUUUUUGCACCAAUUGACGUCAUUGCACAAAACUUUCCUACCUUACAAACAAUUGUGAUAUUGUUGGAAUUAGUGAUAUUUUUGUGGCUACUCUAUGAGCUCUCGUUGAUUAUUGAUGCUGUUUGUAUGGCAGUUAAGGCUAUAUGUGCACCGAUGAUAGCGAUAGGGAAAUUUAUGAAUAGAAUAAUGUAA